GAGCCAGCACCUCUUGGAUUACGAGGCCGUCCCUUACGAGGCUGCCAAAGCCCUCCGAGCCUUAGCCUCCCUUGCUUACAGUGAGCCCGUGGAGGUGGCGAAGGGGAGCUGCAUAGAGCAGCUGCUGCGAAUUCUUCGCCUCCAUCGUGAUUCUCUCGAGAUCCUGGCCUUGCGCUGCCUUUGUCACAUCUGCUUCUCCGCCGAAGCGGUCCGUUUCCUGCCGAUUCAGGUCCUGCCGGCUUUGCUUGAGACAGAGAAGGAGGAAGGCUCGAAGCUCGCUUUCGAGGCGAUGGCCCGGAUCCUGGUGGCCGAGGCCACGGAGCGGCCAAGGCUCUCGCCGGAGCUCUUCCGAGCGCAGUUUCAGCUGAGUCUCUCAGACAAGCGUGCGAACUCCUUCAAGGAGAUGCUCUUUCAGAGCCUUCAGGGUGAGCUCGUGCCGGCGACCUUCCUGGCCGAGCAAUUUCUCGCCUCGGCACCGCUUUCCAUGAGAAAGGACCCCUCGGAAGAAGUCACGGCGGCGGGUUGGCUCUGGAUGCUCGCGGAAUUGCUUGAUACGAAGGGAAACAAGGAGCUGUCUGAAGCUCUGGUGUGUCAGAGCUUGGUCAAAGGCAUCACAACUGCAACAACUGCCCUCAUGGACGUGCACACAACUUCGCUCAGCGUGCAGUGUCAGGGCAUCGCUGCACUGGCAGCCUUGGCCCGGAAGCGAAGUGGUCCCAUGGCCAUAGCAGAGGUGAGCGGUGUGAGGCGGGUUGAGAAAGCGCUGAGUACACUUGGAGACGAUGCAUCACUUAGCUGCAGCUCCAUCUCGUUCUUGGUUUCAGUGCUGGACUGGCCACUACCCACUCAGAAGCUGUGCGAAUUAGACUUUGCUCGCAUCGUGUUUCUGAUCAAGGAUUCCAUGCAGCGUCACUUGGAUGCCGUUCCUCUUCAGGUGGUGGCACUCUCCAGCUUGGCCAGGUUACUGGAGGUCCUGGCUUGCAAAGCGGAUGUCAUGGCCGGUGGCGCCGAGGGCCUCGUGAAAACGGUUAUGGCUCGGCACAAAGAGCAAGAGCAGGUCUGGACCUGGGGAC